CCGGAGCUGUCGCGCAAGCUCUUCCGUCUCAUCAAGUCGACCAACAACCUCAUCUCCCACCACGAGGCCGCCGGCAAGGAGCGCGUGUCCAUCGCCACCCAGCUUUCGGAAUGGGGCGAGCAGACUGGUGACGACGGCGUCUCCGACAUUAGCGACAAGGUCGGCGUCAUCCUCAGCGAGAUUGGUGAGGUCGAGGAGGCCUAUGCCCACAACCUCGACGAGGCCCGCGGGGUCCUCAAGGCUAUUCGUAACACGGAGAAGAGCGUCCAGCCCUCGCGAGACAACAAGGACAAGAUUGCCGACGAGAUCCAAAAGCUGAAGUUCAAAGAGCCCUCGAGCACCCGUCUGGUUGUGCUGGAGAACGAGCUCGUCCGGGCCGAGGCUGAGAACCUCGUUGCCGAGGCACAGCUGUCGAACGUGACACGUGAGAAGCUCAAGGAGGCUUAUGAGACCGAGUUUGCGGCCGUCAUUGAACGAGCCGAGAAGCAAAUCAUGCUGGCCAAGCACGGUCGCCGCCUUCUCGCACUGCUUGACGAUUCUCCUGUCACGCCUGGUGAUGGUCGCCCCGCAUACAAUCAAGGCAGCCAGGCGAGGCAGAUUCUUGAUGACGCCGAAGAUGACCUCAAGGCUUGGCAGCCA